AUGUCUCCUCGGUUUGUCCUCCUGUCCCUCCUGGUUGUCCUCUCCUUCUUCACAGCUCGGAGCACCCCGGUUUGCAACAACCAGUGCUGCCGGUUCGUGGAGAACUUCCCCGCGCGGCUCAAGAAGCUCAGGCUGGACUACUCGCGGAUCAGAGAUUUCUAUGAAGCGAACGAUGACUUGGACACAGCGCUGCUGGACCAGAGCGUCGAGGAUUCCUUUAAGAGUCCGUUCGCCUGCCAGGCCAUAAACAGCAUUUUGGGCUUUUAUGUGAACACGGUUCUGCCCACAGCGGUGGCCGGAGUGAGCGACACCAGGGACCUGAAGCCCCAUGUGGAGUCCAUCCAGCAGAUCUUCGACCAGCUCAACAGUGACGUCACCAAAUGUAGACACUAUUUCUCCUGCAAAAAACAGUUUGAAAUCAAAAAUCUAACCUCAACUUACACUCAGAUGGAGAGUAAAGGUCUGUUUAAGGCCAUGGGGGAGCUGGACUUGUUGUUUAACUACAUUGAGACAUACCUGGCAUCUAAACGGCACAGAAACUUGUGA